UUUCCUUCCAUGUUUCAAGUCCAUGGAAAAUCAUCUCAACUUCUUCUUCGAAAUCGCCGGAGGAAAACAAAACGCGACGGAGGAUGAGCGGCUCUACUGCGACGGCGCACGAUGUCUUCGUCUACGGCAGCUCCAUUGAUCCCGACGUCAUUCGGAUCCUUCUCGAUCGAGUCCCUGAAGCCAUCUCCUCCGUUCUCCCCGGCUUUCACAGGUUUAGAAUCAAAGGCCGUUUGCAUCCCGGUCUCGCACCGGUCGACACCGGAAAAGUCGUCGGCAAGGUGCUGAAGGGAUUAACAGAUGAUGAAGUAAAGAUUCUAGAUUUGCUCAAGGGUCCUGAUUACGAGAGGAAGAUGGUUGAGGUUGAAUUGACAGAUACAUCUGAGAAGCUUCAAGCCGAAAGCUAUGUCUGGGCCAAGAAAGAUGACCCUGAUCUCUACGGCGAAUGGGAUUUUGAGGAAUGGAAACUGCUCCACAAGGAUCAGUUUGUAAUGGCGGUGAAGAGCUUCAAUGUAUGGAAGAAAGAUCCGGAAGAGAAGACAGAGGUUGGAUUCAUAUGAGCAUUUUGUUCGAGAAGAUGAUGCGUCGUCUUGAUCUGUUCAGUCAUUGCCCCGACCGCAUUGAUGCAAUCUGAUCAUGAGAUCAGUGUUUCUCAAUAAGAACGUAAGUCUAAUGUGUGUGUGUAUGUGUCUUGUAAGUUUAAUCGAACUAACGAUUCAAUAGUAAGCUUCAUUUUCAUAAUCA